ACUUUACACUGUGUCAUAGAAAGAGAAGUAGGGAGGUCUGUUCAGCACUAACAGUCCAGUUGCUUUUGAUGCUAGAGAAACUAAAGGGGAAACUUCUUGUGGUUGAUUGCGAGAAGCACAUUUUCUGACUGUUUUCAUCUCUUAAGGUCGUUUGGACAUUGUUUGACACCUGUUUGACUGCCAUGCCUAUGUAUACGGUGACUGUAGCUACAGGGAGCCAGUGGUUUGCAGGGACAGACGAUUACAUCUACAUCACACUGGUGGGAACGGAGCGGUGCAGUGAGAGGACACUGCUGGACAAACCUCUGUACAAUGACUUCGAAAGGGGGGCGGUGGACUCCUAUGAUGUGAGGGUUGGGGAGAUCCUGGGAGACAUUGUGUUGGUAAAGAUAGAGAAGAAGAAGUACUGGGUGCAGGAUGACUGGUACUGCAGGUACGUCACUGUGAAGACCCCGGCCGGAGACUACGUGGAGUUCCCCUGUUUCCGCUGGCUGGUGGACGACAAAGAGGUGGUGCUGCGGGAUGGACAAGCUCAUCUGCCUCAGGAUGAGAAAACCAGCUUGGUCAAGCAGCACAGACAAAAAGAGCUGGAAACCCGGCGAAAAACUUACAGAUGGAAAGAGUGGCAGCCAGGUUUUCCUAUGAGCAUAGAUGCAAAUAGACACAGGGAUUUGCCUCGUGACAUCCAGUUUGACAGUGAGAAAGGAGUGGAUUUUGUACUGAACUACAGUAAGGCGAUUGAAAACCUGUUUGUGAACCAGUUCAUGCACAUGUUCCAGUCAUCCUGGAGUGACUUUGGUGAUUUCGAGAGGAUCUUUGUGAGAAUUAAAAACACAAUCUCAGAGUAUGUGAUGCAACACUGGAAGGAGGAUUUCAUGUUUGGGUAUCAGUUCCUGAAUGGCUGCAAUCCUGUUUUGAUCCAAAAAUGCACCAAACUUCCUGACAAGUUUCCUGUCACUCAUGAGAUGGUUUCUGUCAGCCUGGAGCGGGAUCUGACUCUGGAGCAGGAAAUCGAGGCAGGUAACAUGUAUAUGGUGGACUACAAGGUGUUAGACGACAUCAGUGCUAACACUACAGAUCCUUGCACGUUACAGUACCUGGCAGCUCCAAUCUGUCUUCUCUACAAAAAUGCUCAGAAUAAGAUCUUGCCUAUAGCCAUACAGCUUGGGCAGAUUCCAGGCGACGACAACCCUAUCUUUCUGCCAACUGAUGGACAGUACGACUGGAUGCUGGCGAAGAUCUGGGUCCGGUCAGCUGACUUCCAGUACCACCAGACCAUCACACACCUGCUCAGGACCCAUCUGAUGACAGAGGUGUUUGCUAUUGCCAUGUACAGACAACUAGCUGCUGUUCACCCUGUGUAUAAGCUGCUCAUCCCACACAUUCGUUUUACCAUCGCUAUCAACACCAAGGCCAGAGAGCAGCUUAUCUGUGAAUGUGGCAUCUUUGACAAGGCGAAUGCCACCGGUGGAGGUGGUCACGUUCAGCUGGUUCAGAAGGGCGUGAAGUCUCUGACCUUCAGGUCUCUGUGCUUCCCUGACAACAUUAAAAUGCGUGGUGUGGACAAGAAGGAGGACCUGCCCACCUACUUCUACAGAGAUGACGGCUACCUGGUGUGGGAGGCUACCAAGAGUUUUGUGUCUGAUGUGGUUCACAUUUACUACGCCAGCGAUGAAACUGUGCAGGGAGACGAAGAAAUCCAGGCCUUUGUCAAAGACGUGUGCAGCUUCGGUAUGCAAGACUUCGACUACUGUGAGUUUCCAAAGUCACUGAAAACACGGGCAGAGCUGAUAGAGUACCUGACUGUCAUCGUGUUCACCGCUUCAGCCCAACAUGCUGCUGUCAACUUUGGACAGUACGACUGGUGCUCUUGGAUCCCAAACGCUCCAUCCACCAUGCGAAAACCCCCACCCAAUAAGAAAGGAAUGGCCGAUGUGAACCUGAUCAUCGAAAGCCUCCCUGACCGCGGACGCUCCAGCUGGCACCUGGGGGCCGUGUGGGCCCUCAGUCAGUACCAGGAGAAUGAGCUGUAUCUGGGCAUGUAUCCUGAUGAGCACUUCAUAGAGAAACCAGUGAAGGCGGCCAUGGAGAAAUUCAGGAAGCAGCUCGCAGAGAUCACCAGCGCCAUAAAGAGGAGGAACGAGGGGAAGAAGCUGCCGUACUACAACAUGUCCCCUGAUAAAAUCCCCAACAGUGUCGCAGUCUGAGGAAGAAAAAAAAAAAAAAGCUUUUUGAGGGAAAUUGUCUCGUCUCUACUUUUAGGGACUGUAUGAAAAUUAUAGGCAGAUAAAAGAGGUAAUAAAUGAAGACAGCUUGUGAUUUUUCUGUUUGCUAAAGGAAUAAUAGUUAAGGGUGGGAUUUUAAUACUGUAUAUAAUUUACUUAUCCAAAAUGAAGAGAUGUUCAUUUGUUUUGUGCUGUUUUUGCUUGAUUUACUUGAUUACAUUUCUUACGUUUACAAUGAUUUAGCGUGUUUUAAUAAAGGAUGUGUCAGAAAUGA